UUGUGAAUAGGGAAAGGUUGUGCACAGUAAAACAUUUACUCAAAAUAAAUAAUUAAAUAAAUGGUUAACAGCAGUUUAACGAUUAGAAAUGGUUAAGGAGGUUAUAAGAAAUGUAAAAUAAGGUUAUCUCCCAGCAGCAAAGUUGUUGGAUGUUUUUGGGGGUGGAAAAUUGGAAGGAAGUGGAAAAUGCAAUGGCUUACGCAGAAGCUGCGGCGGAUCUCCUCGACUUGGAGGUGCAACUCUAUCACAUGGAGCGUAGAGCCGAGCGGAGUGUAUUACGGGAGAUUCAGGAUCCAUUCGAUUUGAUGGAUUCUGAAUUUAAAAGGCUCUACCGUUUUACACCUGAUUUGGUGGAAGAACUUUUAAUGGAUACUUUGGGGCCGCGUUUGGAACAUCAAAGAAUUACUGGGAUAUCCCCUAAAAAUCAGAUUCUAGCUGCCUUAAGAUUUUACGCCACUGGUUGUUUUCAACGGCCAGUGGGUGAACAAUGGGGAAUUAGCAUGAGUCAGUCAUCCAUUAGCCGAUCUAUUCAUCGUGUUACUGAUGUAAUUAACGAUGCAAUAUUUCGUCAAUGGGUGCAAUUCCCCAUGACCGAUGUUGCCAGGCAGCUAGCUAGGGAGAAAUUCCGGAGGGCGGCCCAGCCAUUUGAUGGUGCUAUUGGAGUCAUAGAUUGCUCCCACAUAGCAAUCCUGGCUCCAAGGGAACACGAGGAGGCUUAUGUUAAUCAUCAUGGUUAUCAUUCAAUUAACGUACAAAUGAUAUGUGAUCCCGACCAGUGCAUAUUAAAUGUAAAUGCGCGAUUCCCUGGUGCACGGCACGACGCACACAUUUGGUCUGCAUCGGCAGCACGUCGAGUAAUGGAACGUGCCUACAACAAUGGUGAAAGGAGGACAUAUCUCCUUGGUGAUUCGGGGUAUCCACUAGAGCCGUGGCUACUUACCCCAUUACCACAUGCACCUGCAGGCACCCCUCGACGUGCAUAUCAUGAUGCACUGAUGAGUUCCCGCAAUGUAAUUGAAAGGACGUUUGGGACAUUGAAAACAGUCUGGAGGUGCAUGCAUAAGCAUCGCACUCUUCAGUACGAUCCUGGAUUUGUCGGGCAAUAUGUGUCGGGCACAUAAUUUAGUAUUUAAUGAUGUUGAAGAUGAUGGUGAAGUAGCUGAGCCUCCCGUGCAACAACUUCCCCUGCCCGAAGAAUUCGCUCGACCCCAUGCUGUGGCAGUGCGGUUACAGAACAGAUUAAUUGUGGAGAGAUG